AUACAAGGGCAAAGCUGGGAUCCCAGUGAGUGAGGGAGCAGCGAGCUCAGGAGUCCUCAGGCCAGCUCCACCUGCACCCUGGGAAAAUGAAGAUCUCCACAGCUGCCUUCUUCCUCGUUUUCGCUGCUGCGCUUGGAUCCCAGGCCCAGAUCAUUCGUGAAUCCCUGGUAGACAUGCAUCCAUUUGAACCAUCAAUGCAUAUAGAAAGCUUUCACCGUCCCACUGACUGCUGCAUCUCCUACACCACACGAAAUAUCCGAUGUGUAUUCAUGCAAGAUUAUUAUGUAACAAGCAGUGAGUGCUCCAUGCCUGCUGUCAUCUUCUUCACCAAGAGGAGGCAGAAAGUCUGUGCCAACCCCAGAGAUGAGCGAGUUCAGUCCUGCAUAAGGUACCUGCAGCCAACCCAAGGGACCAAGGGGCUGAGAAAAAUGAGCAUUGCUUGAGGAGAAGAGAUGUAGGUGCCAGCCACCCCACCUCCACCUUCCUUGCCCCAGCUACCUCCUGGGAGUUUCUUGACCUGGAUUACUUUUUAAAAAGCAGCAAUUACUGUUCUGUUUGGUUAUAAUAGCAAUGCAUUAAUAAAGAGUAUCCACUAUAA